UAAACUCGAAAACGGACAGAAGCGGUUGUAGGCUGUGCUGGACGCAGCGAAACAAGGGCUGUCUUUUAAAAUUCACAUUAAUUUCGAGAGGACAUAUUUACUGUAAUGCGAGAGGUGACGUUUGUUUUCACACUUUCAACCGAAACUUUUCCAGGCUGCGCCGCUGUCGUAGUUGCUAUGGUGACCAUAAGCGCAGACUUUGUUUGUUAGCUAUGCUAAGCUAAGCUAAGCUAAGCUAAACUAAACAAAGCGGAGUUUUUCCCAACGCAGCGCGUUUCGUCCUCGGUUAAAAACCAAAAUGUUGUCUUUUGAACGCUUGGACGCUUUGCGAAAGCAGAACAAGGAGCUGCUGACAAAGCUGCAGCUGCAAACCGAGAGCCUGAAGUUAGCGUGUCCGGGCGAACGGGCAGAAACGGCGGACAGCUCAGUGUCCGCUGCUGGUAAUGUCGAUGGAUCCUCAUCAGUGAAGGGAAAGAAAAGGGACCGAGGGCCUCUAACUGGGCGAAACGGUGACUUGUUUAACAUAUCCGAUCUUGUGGUCAACACUAUGGCUAUGAGUGAAAAGCGGCCACAUGUUGCUCGGGAAGCGCUUUGCAAACCCAUGACUGGGACGAAAAGAACCGAGGUUUCUGGAGAGAGGCCAAAUUAUUUUGGUGAUGAAGCUUUCAGGCCAGCUGAGCACAUAACCGAACAAAGCCAGUCUUCAGAAGACACUACAUACACCAGGCUCCUGCAAGACCAGGGAAACAGUCGCUUACAUCAACAGAUUGUCACUGGAGACUGGAUGCAACAAAAGCCCAUUCUUCUCCCGCAUGACAGGGAUAGGAGAGGCUUGGACAAAGUUUCAUUUCAGUCACCUGGCCAGGAGCUAGAGACCACAGCAGAGAGACGACAUAUGCAGCCCUUACUAGGCUACGACUGGAUAGCUGGCUUGCUUGAUGCAGAGAGCUCCUUGGCUGAGCGCUCGGAGCAGUUCUUCAGUGAGCUCCGCAGCUUUCGCCAGGUCAACAAAGAUGAAUGUAUCCACAGCCAGUCUUCAGGCCUUCCUCUUGUAACAGACCUUUGGUCAUCCUCAGCAGAAGAAGAUACUGACCAAGAGCAUACUCCAGAUACUCACCAGUGCACAUUCUGCUACCGAAUAAACAGUCGUCUGUUUGCCACUCCUCUGGAUACUCCGGCUGCGUGUCCCAUUUGCAAGAUGCCCAAAGUCAUACACCCACACACUGAGAAGGAACCUGCCUUUAUUAGGGUCAGUAUUCCCCGUUCAACGCUUCUGCCUGCAUAUCGAUACAAAGCCCAUCGUCGCUGUAGUUUUGAUCCAACAGACAGUCUUGGUUUGCCCUCUCACUGUUUGUCUGGAUGGUCGAACUCCAGCCUGAAAACAGGCUCCCAGAUGAGCAGUCUAGAUCUUAGAAGUUCACUGGUGAGCAGGCCGGAUACAGGGCCAUCUGGCCAGCCUGAGCACCAGCUGAAUUUGUCGGCGUCCAGAGUAUCAGGAAACCAGCGUUCUGACCAGCUGCUGGACGCGUCUCGUCUGGCACGAUACCGCUUCCAGCACCUUGGCCCUGCGAGGACUAAGCCAAAUAAGAGCUCCUAUCCUGUGUACUGAUGCUUCCACUCUUCCAGCCAUAACUGAAUGGCCCUCUCUGUGUAUACUGUACGCUAUGACUGCUGGACUUUACAGUAAUGCAAAUGAUGUUUCACAGCCUGUCUUUUCUUCGUAUUCACAUUUUCAUAGCACAGUAAUGAUUCUGAAUUCACAGUUUGAUCUUAUCCCAUUUUGCCAGGUGGCAGAUUUCAAUCUCUUACUGAUAUCACUGUUGCUGUGAAAUAGUGUUCGACUCAAAAAAAGUGAUGUAGCCAUGUGUCUUUUUUUUUUUUUGCCCUGUGGUUUUAGCAGUCAAGAUAAAAAGUGAGGCGAUAAUAAUUAAAGGUCAGGCCAAAUGAUUGGAAAUGAAACCCGCAGCCCAGAUGUGUCCUUACAUCAAAGCUUAAACGCUGUCUAGAAAGUAGCCCUUUCUAUGGGCAAACUGGCCCACUACAUCUUGUUGCCAUGUAUGGAUUUUAGCCAUCACACUUUCUGUAUAUGUGGGCCCAUUUGUCUUGUUAAUACCGGGUUACUAAUGUUUAUGGUUUAGCUACCAUAGAGAACCCUUUGAUAAGAAUUUAUUAACUCUUGCAUGGGACAAUCAGUAGAACAGAAGCUUGUUACUGUGAAAUAACAAUGAUCAGUUAUUGUACUGUUACUGCUGAUGUCACUUCUGCUAUGCAGUCUGUAGCUUGUGAAAUGAAUCAUUUUUAAAAAAACUGGAUUAUUAAUGGGCUCAUUUCGUGGAAAAAAAACUAAUGAAUUGGUUUGAUGUCAUCAAUUUUUAAAGGUUCAGUACAUACUGUUCACUCUCCAUUCCACAUAUGGAAACUAAGCUGCAAAAAUGGCCUGUUUUGAAAACAUUUUUGUGAUGUCAUGAAAACCGAUAUAUUUACGUAUAUGUGCUUCUUCAGCCUACAGCAGUGCGGCCACGCCCAUUCACGCUUUAAUACACCUUAAAGACUGCUUCUUAAAUGAGCCACGAUACAGGGUGACCAAUCAGAACACAGCUCAUUUCCGUAUAUCAGUAUAUUAGAGGCACAGUAACAAAGCCAGCCUGUCUAAUUGUAAAGGAUUAGAGAGAGGGUGAAAAAUGUUAAUGAAUGAUGUAAUAAAUUGAAUAAUUUUUUUUGGCCCAUCAGUAAACACGUUUUGUUUUUUUUUAAUUCAUAUACUUGGUUAAGACCAGAGCCAUGGCCAGAGGUGGCGAGGGCCACCGUAGAAUGAAGCAUGGCCACCCCUAUUAUGGAAACUGACAGACUGUUUGAUGGUAAGAUGCAUAUCAGAGGUUAGUCAGCUAUAAUUGUUUACCACGCUAACUGAUUUCGUUUUACAGCUGAAUACAUGCGUGUGUUUUAGUAUUCCAUUAUACAGGUUUGUCUGUCCAGCUUUGUAAUCAUUGGACUGAUGCAUAAGCUGUAGCGAAAGCACCCUAAAUGAAAGACUACUGUGGCCAGUCUAGAUGAUUUUUUUAUUUAGAGUCAACGCUGCACUGAAAAAGUGAUUUAAUUUGCUUAAUUCAAACACAUCAUUUCAUCAUGAAUGACUAAUAAAAUAAUAAUAAUAAUAAAAAUCAAAGUUUCAUACGCUACAUCAACACAGCUUUGUCUUUCAGUUUACUUUUGCCAAUAAUUGAAUUGAUGUAAGCUGCUUUUUUAUUCAUGAGGAAAUUGUGGACAUAAAUUAUGUACAGACCAAACCAGUGCAUCACUUUUUAUGUCAUUUUAAUACAGUAAGGCUCUUUUAUGUGGGUUUUUUUUGUUCUAGCAGUGUGCUACCCCAAUAAAUCUCUGGGUUUUACCUGCCCACUGCAUGGCCCUGAUUAAAGGGGAACUCCACCGAUUUUUCAAAAUUUCUGUACGAUUCAGUAGCUGAGAUGUAAACUAAGUUAUUGAGAGUGGUUUGAUGUAAAGUGGUUAAUUGUAGAGAAACUUAACAACUCAGAUUUUGUUUACAGUGGUGGUGAUGGGAACCAGGAGUUCUGAUGUUUACAGCACAAGCCAUUUUACUUGCUAACCAAAACCCCCAGUGAACCUACGUGCGUUUUCUGAGUUUUUCUACGUAAUGUUGAUGGUGGUAAAAUAAAUGUCAAUCUGAAAAAGUUUUCUUUAGGGACUAUGUUGUUGUAGAACACCCUUUACGUAUCCUCCCACCAUUAAUGGAUUAAAACACGUUUUAUACCAAACCUUCAUCACAAAACACUGCCUCA